AUGCCCUUCUUCCAACCCCCCGUCCAGCCUCUCCCCCCAACCACAAGCUUCAAGGGCAAGACGGCCAUCGUGACGGGUGCAAACUCUGGCAUCGGGCUAGCCACGGCGCGCGAACUGCUCCGGCGAGGAUGCAAGACCCUCGUGCUCGCCUGCCGCAACGCCGCGCGCGCCGAGCAGGCCCGGGCACGUCUCCUGCGCGAGGUCCCCGACGCAGACCCUCAGGGCGUGCAGGUGAAGAUCCUAGAUCUCGACACGUACGCCAGCGUGAGCGCCUUCACCGAGGAGAUCCGCCGCGACGUUCCCGUCGUGGACCUGCUGGUUCUGAACGCCGGCGUGGCCUUUUUCCCCUCCUACACGGUUAGCAGGCAGGGUCACGAACGUACCGUCCAAGUCAUGUACCUGUCGACGGUGUUUCUGCUGUUAUCCAUGCUUCCUCAUCUGGAAGCCUCGCGGGUAAGGUCCGGAAACACCCCGCGCGUCACUUGGGUGGGGAGCAGGAAGUCGUACACCGAGACAAUCUCACAGGCACCCAUUCUCCCUGCUCUCGACGACCAGGCCAUGUAUAGCUAUAUGGCCCGCUACGGGCUCGUCAAGCAUCUUUGUCUCGCGUUUUUCUACGAGCUGGCUGCCCGCUUACCUGCCGACAAGCUGGUGGUUAACAUGCUCUGUCCGGGUGCUAUUGUCACGGACCUCGGCCGGAACCUGCCCUUCCACUAUCGCAUUAUUCUGCCUAUCCACAAUCUGAGAUGUAGGAGCCCUGAAGAGGCGGCAUGGCUUGUUUUGAAUGCUGGGAUCGUCGUCGGGAAGGAUAGUCAUGGCAAAUUCUUUGGGGAUACGAAGGUUGAGCCGAUCUUCCCCUAUUUCGAAACAGCCGCUGGGAAAGAGUUUAAACAGAAGCUGUGGCAGGAGACAAUGGCAGAAAUGAUAAAGGAGACGGCGGUUCCACCAGAACUGCUCUAA